CUGCCCAGCGCCAUCCAGCUCCGCCAUGUCCCGCCCGCCCUCCGCUCCCCCGUCAGCGCCGGGCACCCCCCGCCCCGCCAACACCACGCCCAUCCACACCAUCGUCCAGAACCUCCCAAACCUCUUCAACAUGUACGAAAAAGGCCAGCUCUCCGAUACCCAGAUCACCCAACUGCGGACCCUGGUCCACACCCAAAUUCGCCAAAUAACAGCCAACUCUAUAAACAGCGGUCGUCCCAAUCCCCUCUACUCUCUCCCCGACGCCAUCAAUCCAUCAAUACCGUACAAGGAUGUACCGGCUCUAGUCAGCAGAGAAGGAUUCGACGCGAUGAUCAAGACAUCGACGAGAGCGUUGAUGGAAGCGAAGAGGGCGAGAGAACAGCAGAAUGCGGCGGCGGCUACUGCUGCUGCCGCUGCUGCUGCUGUAUCUUCCAAUGGAACACCAGGGGCGCCGGCAGCAGUACCAGCGGCUCCUAUAUCAAGACCGGGAACUCCAGGGCCGGCAGCGACGAGUGCGCCAGUCAGGCCGGUGGGGCAGCCGACACCAACCGGCCCAUCAGCCACUUCCACACCAGCUCCCACACCACCGAGACCGAGACCAAUGCCCUCUGGGCUUUUUACCCAUGCCGAGCUUACACAGCUGGCACGAUUACCUGCCGAUGUGCGGAAUGCCUGGCUAGCCAAAGAACCCACUCGACAAAGUCAAUUCCAAGCGUCUUUAAACUACUGGCGUGCUCAGCCAAAGAGCAACUUUAAUCCUGCCAACCGUGCCACCCCACAGCAAAACCCUACCAACUCCAACACUGGUCGUCCUCCCCAGAACGCGUCUGCGACCACUCCCAAUGCGUCUGCCACCACCUCCUUCACCGGUGCCCUCCCCGACGCACGCGGUUUUGCCCUUCGCCCUCCGCCAGGACAGCUGAGUGGCCCCGGAGGGAUGAACCGCCCCCAACAGCAGCUCCCGCCGCCAGAGCCCGAACAUGUGCGAAGAUUGAGGCAGAUCCACGCUAUGCUGGCACAGAUCGCGCCGGGACUAUCAGUGGAGGCUGGGUAUGAAAAGGUGGUCGAGGAUAUCAUUGAAAGAAUGAUGAAGGAGGGGUUGGAGGGCGCGGCGAGGUUGGCCAAGCACCGGAAUUCCGACAAGGUGGAACUGAGAGAUAUGGCGCGGUAUAUAGGUGAGUGUUUGGGGAGUUGUGGCGAGUUGUGCUGACUAGGUACAAGAUCACGCGUGGGAGAUGACUAUCCCGGGAUUCGACGCUGCACCAGCACACCCUGUCCAUGUUGCACCAGAUAAGGAAAAGAAAAGGGGCAAGGCGGUGGCGCCCAAGGCGUCGAAAUUGGGAGGUGGCAGGAAGGAAGAGGAAUAGAGACAACGUAGUACUCCAUACGAUCGUGUAUCAUUAUUAUUACCAGGGUUUCAUGUAUGACCAUUAACGACG